AUGAUUGACGCCAUCUUGAGCGUUUCCAAUCCUGACGAAGUGUCGGCGAAACGAAUACGCAAAGCGUUACAGGAAUUGUUUGCAACAAACCUUGAAACCCAGAGAAAGAAGGUCAAUAUGCUGAUAAUCGAAAGGUUUAAUAAAAUGCAGGACGAUCGUCUUCAGAUUUCGCAAGCAGAGCUUCUGAAACGAGAUGCUGCCCAAGCCCGUGAUUUACAGAAUAGGUUGAAAGAAGGAUCCAAAAGGGCCCGAAGCGAAUCUGGUAAGCCGAAGAAGGUGAAGAAACGAACGAGACAGUCCGAUUCUAGCAAUAACAACUCUUUAGCUCAGAGAAAACUACAAUUAAGUCCCGAAUUGCAACAAUUCUUAGGCGAGAAGCAACUUGCCAGAACCCAGGUCGUCAAGAAAGUUUGGGACCACAUAAAGGAACAUGAUUUGCAAAACCCUGAAGACCGUCGUGAGAUAAUAUGUGACGAUGCAAUGAGCCAGAUUUUUGGACCGAAAGUGUCCAUGUUCGCAAUGAAUAAAGUGCUUUCUAAGCAUUUAAUCAAAGUUGACGAUACUCCGCCGAACGAAAAACCGUCGGAUUUGGCAAGUUCACCAGGAAACGAAUCGUAA